CGCGGCCUGCCGGGUCCUGCCGGGUCCUGCCGGGUCGUCCUUCCCUAGUUGCCGGGGGGACCCUCCGCUCUGAGUAGUGUCCGGGGCGGAGCUGGGCGGCUCGCGGGGACGCCCCUCGGAGGCGGCCGGGCUGCGCGCCCUUCCGCGGCUUCCAAGGCAGUCCUCCGUGAACGUUGACGCCCUGGACGCGCUCCGGAGCUGGCUGCCGUGGAGGAACGUCCCGACCCUUCGGUGACUCCCACGCCUGCAUCUCCGAAGUAAAGCGGGGCCGCUGGAACAGAGAUUUCUUCUGCCAUCAGAUGUCUUUCUGCUUGACUGAACUGCACCUGUGGUCUUUGAAGAAUACCUUACACAUUGGGGAUAGAGACAUUGGGAUCUACCAGUAUUACGACAAGAAAGACCCACCAGUAUCACUGACAGAGCAUGGUAACAUAGAAGAAAAGCAGAAGCUGGCAGAAUCACGAGAUUAUCCGUGGACACUCAAAAAUAGACGCCCAGAAAAACUUCGAGACUCACUCAAGGAGUUGGAGGAAUUGAUGCAAAACAGUCACUGUGUGCUGAGCAAAUGGAAGAACAAAUAUGUCUGUCGGGUAAAAUGGUUUGGCAUACUUUUGCAGUGUUUAACCAAUGGAGCUGAAAACUAUGCACUCCUCUUUGGUUCAGGUGUGCUGGUGUCCUUAAGCCUCUCUGGGCCACAGCUGGAGAAAGUGGUGAUUGACAGAAGCCUGGUGGGGAAGCUCAUCUCUGACUCCAUCAGUGAUGCUCUUCUCACAGACAGUUUCAUCAUCUUAUCAUUUUUGGCACAAAACAAACUAUGUUUUAUUCAGUUUACCAAGAAGAUGGGUUCUCCUGAUACAAACAAAAGACUGGAAAAACUCUCAGCCUUGGAUUAUAAGAUUUCCUAUUACGAGAUACCAGGCCCAGUAAACAGAACAACAGAGCGUCGUCUAGCUAUCAAUUGUGUUCAGGAUAUAGUUGUCUGCUGGUGGCCAUUGGUCAGUGAUGAUGCUUGGCCUUGGGCCCCCAUUUCUCCAGAGAAGGACAGAGCCAAUCUGCUGCUCCUAGGUUAUGCUCAAGGAAGACUGGAGGUUCUGAGUUGUAUCCGCACGGAAUGGGAUCCACUGGAUGUUCGCUUUGGCACCAAACAGCCUUAUCAAGUGUUGACAGUGGAGCGCUCCAUCAGUGUAGACAAAGAGCCCAUGGCUGACAGCUGCAUCUAUGAAUAUGUUCGGAACAAAAUCCAGUGUAUAUCAGUAACCAGAAUACCACUAAAAUCAAAAGCUAUUAGCUGCUGCAGGAAUGUUACUGAAGACAAACUGAUUCUGGGCUGUGAAGAUUCUUCAGUAAUUCUUUAUGAAACUCACCGUAGAGUAACUCUCUUAGCCCAUGCUGAACUUUUGCCUUCAUUAAUAAGCUGCCACCCAAGUGGUGCCAUUCUACUAGUUGGCAGCAACCAAGGGGAGCUGCAAAUUUUUGAUAUGGCUUUAUCCCCUAUUAACAUCCAGCUCUUGGCUGAAGACCGCUCACCCAGGAAGACUCUGCAGUUCAAUAAAUUCUUUGACAUUUCUAGCAGUCUUGUUCAAAUGCAGUGGAUAGCUCCUCCAUUGGUUUCUGAGAAGCCAGAACGUGGGGACAUUUAUGAUCUCCUCUUCCUCAGGUUUGACAGAGGACCUUUGGGUGCACUCUUGUUUAAGCUUGGUAUUUUCACGCAAGGACAGCUGGGCCUGACAGACAUCAUAUUCCAGUAUAUUCACUGUGAUGAGAUCUACGAGGCAAUAAACAUCCUGAGCAGUAUGAACUGGGACACUCUGGGCCAUGAGUGCUUUAUCAGCAUGAGUGCCAUUGUAAACCAUCUUCUUAGACAAAAACUCACUCCAGAGAGAGAAGCACAGCUUGAGGCAAGCCUUGGAACCUUUUAUGCUCCAACAAGACCACUCCUGGAUACAACCAUAUUGGAAUAUAGAGACGAAAUCAGCAAAUAUGCAAGAAGAUUCUUCCAUCACUUGCUCAGGUACCAGAGAUUUGAAAAGGCAUUUCUGUUAGCUGUUGACAUUGGUGCUCGUGACCUGUUUAUGGACAUCCAUUACUUUGCACUAGAUAAGGGUGAAUUGGCACUAGCUGAAGUGGCAAGAAAAAGAGCUUGUGAUAUUGAUGCGGAAUCAAUAACCUCUGGAGUUGCUUGGAGUGUUGAUGAGAAGGCCAGCAGCACAGUCUGCAUAUCAGGCUGGAGACCACUGAAAACAGAACUCCUGGGGCCUUUGGACAGAGGAGAUAUGCUAAAUGAAGCUUUUGUUGGUUUAUCUUUAGCUCCUCAAGGAGAAGACAAAUUUCCAGAUAACCUCCCUCCCUCUUGUUCAGUCCAUAAACAUAUUAUUCAACAAAGAACACUGAAUGACUCUUCUAAUAGACAAGUACUUGAUGGAAGAAAUGAACUUGAAAAAGACACUCGUGCUGAAUCUUUGAUGACUAAGACCUGCAAUGAAGAAGGAGAAAUGAGAGAAGACUGCGAAGAACAGGAAAUUGGAGAUGGUGGUUCUCUCAGAAUGGUUCACUUUGGCUUGGUGUAAACAAUAAGAAACUUUCUUUUUACUUAAAAAAAAAACCUCUAUUUUUCACAUCUAAACUUUUUCAUGGCAUGAUACAGAUUAAAAUCUCCCUAUACAGAUUAAAAAGAGGAAAGACAGUAUGAGUUAUUUAAGAGUUUUAAACUCAAAGUAUUCCCACAGUAAACUUUUAUUACUUUCAAAAACAUGUAGUGUAACAGCAGUGAACCUAAGUAAAAGUCCUUAAUUUAUUUUCAAUAAUGUAAAAUUUUGGAAGUUUCUUAAAUUGUACAUUAUUAAGCGCUUAAAAAGUAAAAUAUUUAAACUUGGUUCUCUCAAGUAUUUUAAACAUUUCUUGUGAUCUUGUUUACAUUAUUAAUUUGCAUUAUGAAUAAGAUAAUUAUUAAGCAAAAAUUUCCACUCAGACCCAUUGUUGGGAGAUAAUUUUCUAUGGGUCUCUUGAAUUUUUGCCAUGAGGCAAACAAUGCCCCUUGGAGCCAGAUACCAUCUCCCUCUGAAGCACAAGUCAGGCAUGCUUACUGCCAAUUGAAAAGCUUUGUUUUCUUUUUUUGUUAAGAUUUUAUUGGUAAGUAAUCUCUAUGUCCAAUGUGGGGCUCAAACUUACUACCCCAAGAUCAAGAGUUGCAUGCUCCCCUGACCAAGCCAGUCAGACUUCCCACCCACUUGAAAAGAUUUAAAGCUCCCUGAGCUCAGAGUUCCUAUCUUUUACAUAGCCCACUGAGUGUGCAGGUAUCCUCAGACCCUCUUUAUAUCACCCCGUGGCAAUGUGCUUGGAAAUCAAUGCCCCCCACCAAAAAUUGACACUCCAGCUGUUAUUACUAUGAGUAAUAAACUGUCUUUUGUUUCUGA